AUGGCCUUGCACACUGCAUAUUCAAACAAACUUUCCCUGCUGCAACAAGUGCUAAAGUCACCAUCCAAGAUGCAGAUUUACCCCUUGCUCCCCUCUUCUCCUGACCACCACCACCCUCAGAUUCACCCCUUGCACCCCUCUUCUCCUGACCACCACCACCCUCCUUUGCCCAAUGACACAAUCAUUGACUUGCCUCCUCCCCCAUACCUCUGCCCAUUGUGUGGUGCCUCUCAGAGCACCAUGCCUCCUCGCAGAACCUGGCAAGCAUCAUCUGGCAAUGACUGGCCACCAAAGAGACAAGCCCACUAUGAAGAAGUUGAGACACAUGCCUCUUCAUCAUGUGUGGAGGGUGAGCUGGCAGAAGAAGAGCUCCACAUCAACAAGGAGUUCACAAAUGCAUGGCAGGCAGUGAGACUGGAGAACAUUGGAUCAUCCCAGAUGGAGGAGGAAGAGUAUAUGGACAAUGAUGAGGUGCAGAUGGAUAACAUGGUGAACACAAUCUAUGAGAAGAAACUGCUGCAUCAGCCAGGUGAUGUGCACUUUGGCAAAUUAUUUGGAGUGAUAGGCAGUGGAGAGGGCAUGCUGACCCCUGUGCCCAACAGGACCACCAUGCACAAGAUGAUGGGCACUGCUUCAGUGCCCAAAGAAAAACCCCUCCCUCUGUUGACUUGGCAUUUUGUGCCCUCUGCCUGCACUGAGGCCCAAGAUGAUGAGUUCAACAUUGAUGAGAUCAAUCCUGCAUUGCUCAAUGCAGCAAUGAACAUGGUUGAAGCAGAGCAGGAGCGCUCAGCACUGAGCACUGAUGAUCUGGAUGCCCUUGACCUUGUGGAGCAGAUCCGCCUCACCAGCAUGAUGGAGCCCAGUGAACUUGCACAGCAUCUGCCCAGCAUCAUGUUUGACUUCCAAGAGUUCAUGAUCAAUGCUGACAGAUCAGGGAACAUUGGGUGUGGCCCAUUCCAGCCUUGCUCAUCAGAACGGCCCACAAACUACCAAGAGGCAAUGGAGAAGAUCAACAAGGCUCCACGCAUCUGGCAAACAGUGCUCAAUGACAACCUCAGUGCUCCUGGUGUUGUGUGUUAUCCCAUGGCAGAUGUGUACAAGCUGCAUGGCAGCUGGCUUCUGCAGAUCGACUCAUGGGCCCAAUGGGCAUUGUUCUCCAUGUUGGGUGCUGGGACAAUGGUCAGAAGUGACAUAGAGUGCAUUUUCAAGAAGCUCAUUGAUAACCAUGCCAAGCAGUUUGAUCAUGCCAUGGAGAAGCUGCAACAGGCAGAGAAGCCUGGUGAGGCUGAUGCAUGUACAUUCUGCUUGAAGAAAGCACAGAAGCAGCAUGAAGAAGAUGGAAGGCACUUGCAGCAAGGCCUCUGGGACAACCUGCAGACCCAACAGCAUGCUCAAGGCACCUGCUGCAACCCAACCAUGCCCAUGCCCAAUGCCCAAGGUGCACUGUGCUCUCCUGCCAUGCCCACUGAGCGGCAGAGCACAGCUGGCACCACACUCAGUGCCUCAGUGAGCAAUGCAAAUGUCCUUGGCAUGAUGCCACUUUGUCUGACCCACCCUGCCAAUCUGGGUGAUGCUCAAAACUUGCCAGAGGAGGUUUCAUGCAUCUGGCAUCAUCACUUGGGCAGCAUUGGGCAGGCAAACAGGGCAGAAUGGCUCAUUGAGCUUCACAAUGUCUUCUGGUACAACAACCUGUCCAAGUGGUAUGACCUCCUUGUCCCCUGGAUGGGGGACAAGAUGUUUGAUGCCAUCAGUCUGGCAAUGUUCAAGGCUUGUCUGUGUGGUAUAUGGGGUGGGAUGUUGUAA